AUGGGUGCUGGUCAACGUCGUCGUCGUGCGGCAGAGGCUGCUGCCGCAGCCUCCGUCUCCACUUCUCCCACCGAGUCAAUCUUUGACUCUUCUCCUAUCGCCCCAUCUCCUCUGGGCUCUCCUCUUUCCGUGGGCUCUCCCCUUUCUUUGGGCUCCCCUCCUUCUAUCUCAUCGCUUCCGGCAAGCUCAUCAGACGAUGUUGGUGAGCUAUCAAAGAAUUUGGCAUCCACCUCCAUUAAUGGGACAAAGACAUUGCCAGCUAAGCCCUAUGUCUUCGUCGCCAUUGAUCUCGAGGCGAACACGCACGAUUAUACGUGCUUCGCUAACAACAAAACCUACACCCGCGGUACGCCCACCCAGAUCGGCAUUUCCAUCCUCAGAGCAAAUGGAAACAAUGCAACCCUUUUCGCAAACGAUCCCGACUCCCCAGCUGGCACCAGUUAUCGCCACAUCAAGUUCAAGGAGUUUGCGAAGUAUAGAACCAGAAUCGGAAAGCUAAAGGCAGGUGAAAAGGUCGACUUCCUUUACGGCCGUACUGAAGUCAUUCCACUCGGUGGGGCAAACAACCUCAUCAAAAAGCUCAUUGAUGAUGAGAGCAAGCACGGAAAGGUGGUAUUGGUUGGUCACGCCAUCCAGAAUGACCAAAAGAUCUUGGGUAUGGGGGGGAUUAACGCCUUCGAUGCCCUCUUUCCAGAGGCAUUAGAUACUCAGGCUAUGCACCUUCCACCGGGAAGCAAGCAGGGUAGAAGCCUGAUCAAUUUGGUCUUGGGCUACAAUAGCUCUGCGGAAACAGGCUGGCAGCACAAUGCCGGCAACGAUGCCGCAUGGACACUUUGGGUCAUGGCAAAGAAGCUGCCGGACAUCCUCACCAUCUCGGAAUCUGGAACAGAGAUGGUGAUCAAUACCUCCAAGACUCUGAGGUUUCCACCCAGAGCACAAUACGACUACGAUGACGACAUGUAUGAUUACUGUUAA